AAAUCUUUUCCCCUGCAAGCGGAGUCCAACCUACCUAGACAGCUAAGUGGCCAACGGCCGACGCUUAUGUUUUGGCUUUGGGUUUAGAGCGUUCCAACUUUCAAGUGAAUUAGAAAAGCAGGUCACGGGAACUUUGGUGGGCUAAGUGCGGUUGGCUCUGCAGUCCACGUAAGAGUCCCACUUGAAUGCUCCUACUGUUAAUUUUCUCUUCUCUUUCCUUGAUCCUUACUUCUUCCCAUUUCCUUCCAUAAAUACGAGCAAAAGCCAAGACAACCCGCAACCUCGACCGCAUCCGUCCCUUUGUUUUCCCCUCUCCGUUCCCACUUGAGACAAAAACACUCCUAUUUGAGGCUUUGAAGAACGCUAGAAGGCCUUAGGGGACUAACCCAAUCCUCUAUACGUUCUACCGUUUGUUGAUUUUCGCUCUUUUGAAACUAUACCGGCCCCUCCAAUAUGACUAUCGAGAAAAAAUAUCUGGAUUGCGUAUUAGUCCCAUUGGGGAUUUUUUUAAUGGUGGCUUACCAUCUAUGGCUUCUCUAUCGGAUCAUAAAACAUCCCACCAAGACUGUCAUCGGUGUCAACGCCAUCAAUCGCCGCUUCUGGGUUCGCGCUAUGAUGGAGGACGUGCCCAAAAAUGGGGUUUUGGCAGUGCAAACGCUGAGGAACAACAUAAUGGCAUCGACCCUGUUGGCAUCAACGGCAAUCAUGCUGAGUUCCCUAAUCGCCGUGUUGAUGAAGAGCGAUAGUAGUGAUAGAUCGUCCUGGUUCGUUUUUGGAGACAGAAGCGACGAAGCAUUUUCCAUUAAGUUAUUCUCAAUUUUGGUUUGCUUCCUGGUGGCGUUCUUGCUCAACCUGCAGUCCAUCAGGUAUUACAGCCAUGCAAGCAUUCUGAUUAAUGUGCCUGUGAAGAAGAUGUCCCAACAUCUGCGGUAUCACCACCUUCCUGCUGAAUAUGUGGCCACCACGGUGAACAGAGGCAGCUAUUUUUGGUCUCUAGGACUACGUGCCUUUUACUUCUCUUUCCCUCUCUUUUUGUGGAUCUUUGGGCCUCUUCCUAUGUUUUUCUGUUGCAUGGCCCUCGUUUUCCUGCUUUAUUUCCUCGAUGCAACCUUUAAAUUUGGGUGGGCCGUUGGGGUUAUUGAUGACAGUGGCCACGAGGACGAGGAAUUAGGGAGUCAGGUUGAUUGUAAUCCCUCUAAUUUCGUAAUAUAGGGCGUCGUUAUAGUUCAUUCGUUCAAUCCAAAUUGAAUCGAAUUGCAUUUCAGCAUAUAGAAAUAAGGAUAUUGUUAAUAAUACCGGCUUAUAUGGCUUUUAGUUUUCCACAAUAAUCAUCAUUGACGAACAGGUUUUAUGACUAGAAAUGGAUUUUGAGCCUUUUCACAUAUAAAGAUGUAUUGAAGGAGAAUUGUUCCACAGGAGGAAUGAAAAUUGAAAGGUUGGUUUCUUCUUCUAUAUAUGUUAUGGAUAUCACUUCCUUUGGCAGCAAGCGUUUAUAAUGUCGAGAAAUAGCUAGUUAUGCACAACCAAACAAUAUAUAAUAAUGCCGUGUGAUCCACCGAUUUCUAGUAGUAAGAAAAGGAAGUAUCCAACUCCAAAUAAGUGCUAUGACAGUUGUUCAGGUUAUUUUAAUCCGUUUAAGGAAGCAAAUUCAAGACAAAAUACUUGAGUAGAAGCCUCCACAAGCGACCGACGUCAUCAUUGUUUUCUUCUGAAGUUCUGCUGUUGAAGAAUUUUACUUCACCAAACUUUUUGAUAUCAUAUACCUAGUUGCAUAUCAAACGUAAUAUUCCAUUUACAAUCAUGACUAAUGAGCAUAAUUAUCCUUA